CAGAAGAAAAUGGAAGACAGUGUUGAUGAGAAUGUAUACUGUUGGUGUGAUGACUGUGGCCAGUAUCAUGAUUCUGAGUGUCCAGAACUGGGACCUGUGCUGACCAUUAAGGACACUUUUGUGUUGAGUAGAGCAAGAUCUUCCCUGCCUUCAAGUCUGGAAAUUAGACGAAUGGAAGAUGGGUCUGAAGGGGUCUUUGUUCUGACUCAGUUGGUAAGACGUACUCAGUUUGGCCCACUUGAAGCGAAGAGAGUCUCCAGAUUAGCAAAUGAACCAACCUUUCCAUUAAAGGUGUUUCAGAAAGAAGGCUCUGCCAUUUACUUUGACACCAGUAAUGAGGAAGAUUGUAACUGGAUGAUACUGGUGAGACCAGCCAUAGACUACCAGCAUCAGAAUCUUACUGCCUUUCAGCACGAUAAUGAUGUGUACUUUACAACAUCUAAGGACAUCAGUCCUGGCACUGAGUUGCGAGUGUGGUAUGCUGCUUUUUAUGCCAAGAAGAUGGAGAAGCCUGUGCUGAAACAAAUUUCCAGGCCACCAUGUGGAUUUGCCAAAGCUCUGGAGUUGCGAGCACAAGUGCAUUCUAUACUGCACCAGAUUGGAAAUGAGACAAGCAGAAAAUGCAUCAAAUUUGCCGGUGCUGUUGUUCCAAACAAUGCACUCAGGGACUGUGUUAUGCCUUCUAGUAACUGUGAAGAGCAUGGACAAAGUCAUUUGGGACAGCAGUUGCAUGUCUCAGAAGCUUCCAAGAGUGGUGCACCUCUGGAAAAUAAGGCAGACUCUAUGGUCUGUGAAUCUUCUGUGUGUCUCGAAAAUAACAGCUUGUCAGAAGAAAACAAGAAGAGAAAAGGACGUAUUCAGAAGGCAAAUGCAACAAACAUUUCACCUUCAUCAGGACAAAAAAGAGGGAAGAUGAAAACAGAAGAUAUGGCAGCAGAAGUUGUAACAGAAAACUUGCCUAUUGGCAUAACCUGUCUUCCUCCAGCAGAAGAAAGGAAACCAGGGAAGACUCAAAAAGCCAUUCACAGUGUGCGUUCACUUAUGAACAGACAAGAUUUCAGCAGGCAAGGAUUACGGAGAAAGUUUGGUAAGUGCUUUGGGGAGCACAAAAGACUAUAUCAAUGCAACCUGUGCAGCAAAGUUUUUCAGAACAGCAGCAACCGUACUCGACAUGUCCGCUCUCAUGGAGACAAGCUUUUUAAAUGUGAAGAGUGUGCAAAGCUUUUCAGUCGAAAGGAGUCACUCAAACAACAUGUCUCAUACAAGCAUAGUAGGAACGAGUUUGACAAUGAAUACAUGUAUAAGUGUGCAACAUGUGAGAAGUACUUCCGAAUAGAAAGUGCUUUGGAGUUUCACAAUUGCAGAACAGAUAAUAAGACCUUCCAGUGUGAGAUGUGCUUCAGAUUUUUCUCUACAAACAGCAACCUGUCAAAACAUAAGAAGAAACAUGGAGAGAAGCAGUUUGCUUGUUUAAUUUGCAACAAAAUGUUCUACAGGAAAGAUGUAAUGCUAGAUCACCAGCGAAGGCAUUCAGAAAAUGCAGCACCCAGCAGAAGAGAAGGUGUGCAUGUCAUUGGGGAGAAUAUGGUUAGAUAUAAAAAGGAGCCAUCUGGGUGUCCUAUUUGUGGAAAGGUAUUUUCAUGUAGGAGCAAUAUGAACAAACAUCUUUUGACCCACGGGGACAAAAAGUAUACCUGUGAGAUUUGUGGCCGAAAAUUUUUCCGAGUAGAUGUGCUGAGAGACCACAUUCAUGUGCAUUUCAAGGAUAUUGCACUUAUGGAUGAUCAGCAAAGAGAGGAAUUUAUCAGCAAAAUUGGAAUCUCAGCUGAGGAAACUGAAGAAAACUCAGAUGGAAGUGUUGAUUCUGAGCCACACAAAUACAGCUGCAAAAAGUGCCAGCUAACGUUUGCUAAGGGAAAAGAGUAUCUGAAGCACAUCAUGGAUGUACAUAAGGAGAAGGGAUAUGGUUGCAGUAUUUGUAACAGACGAUUUGCCCUGAAAGCCACAUAUCAUGCUCACAUGGUCAUUCAUCGAGAGAACUUACCGGAUCCAAAUGUCCAGAAGUAUAUCCAUCCAUGUGAGAUCUGUGGAAGGAUUUUUAACAGCAUUGGAAACUUAGAACGUCACAAGCUCAUACAUACAGGUGUUAAAAGUCAUGGCUGUAAUGACUGUGGAAAAUCUUUCGCAAGGAAGGACAUGCUGAAGGAACACAUGAGAGUCCAUGACAACAUCAGGGACUACCUUUGUGCAGAGUGUGGGAAAGGAAUGAAGACAAAGCAUGCGUUACGGCACCACAUGAAGCUGCAUAAAGGCAUCAAAGAGUACGAAUGUAAGGAAUGCAACCGUAAAUUUGCCCAGAAAGUCAACAUGCUAAAGCACUACAAAAGGCACACAGGCAUCAAGGACUUCAUGUGUGAGCUCUGUGGGAAGACUUUUAGUGAGAAGAACACAAUGGAGACUCAUAAACUGAUUCACACAGUUGGAAAACAGUGGACAUGCCCCUGUUGUGAUAAGAAGUAUGUUACAGGUUACAUGCUGCAAAAACAUGUGCAGUUAACUCACGACAAGGUAGAGGCUCAGAACUGCCAUCUUUGUGGAACAAAAGUUUCGACUCGAGCAUCCAUGAGCAGACAUAUGCGUCGUAAACACCCAGAGGUCCUUUCAGUGAGAAUUGAUGAUCUGGAUCCAAUUCCCGAAACCACAACAGUUGAUGCUUCCUCUAUUGGCAUUGUACAGCAGCCUGAAUUAGGACUUGAGCAGAGUGGGUUGACAGAUGGGAAGCAGAUGAAGACUACAAAACGAGGACAUAAGAGGAAGCAGAAAGGCAGCGAAGAGGAAGAAGCCGGAGUGCCCAAGGACUCCACUUACAGUGACUUUACAGACAAGGAGACUACAUUCACAACAGACGUUGGCGAUGAGACCAGUUCCACAGUGCAGGGCAUUCAGCAGGUUGUAGUGACGCUUAGUGAUCCAAGUGUUACCACUCCUUCAAGCUCAGUGGGACUAACAAAUAUCACAGUUACGCCAGUCACCACCCCAGCCGGCACCCAGUUCUCAAACCUUCAGCCAGUGGCUGUUGGUCAUCUAACUGCACCAGAUCGCCAAUUACAGCUGGACAACUCUAUCCUCACUGUGACAUUUGACACCGUCAGUGGAUCAACUGUGCUUCACAAUCGUCCAAAUGACAUUCAGAUUCAGCCACAGCAUGAAACAACUAACUCACAGAAUGUAGCACAUUUUAUUAAUCUAGCAACUUUUGUAAACUCUAUUACACCACUAGGGAGUCACCUGACAGAGCAUCAUCCUCUUACAUGGAGAACAGUGCCACAGGCAGAUGUUUUGCACCCACAGCCAACACAGACAGAACAACAGGCAGGACAGCAACCGAUACAGGAAGAUCAACAACAACAGCAGCAACAACAGCAACAGAUGUACAGCUACUGAAUUGUUUGUUCCGUAGUACUCUGUGGCUGUGAUUGGGAGGACCAUUCCUACCUUCACAAGCAGAGCUGGUUAACAAUCAUGGCAUGCAUGAGUAGAAAUAAAAAUCUUGAUCCACCUGCUUUGAAAAGGUAGUGUUGGUGGUCUUUAACUUGAGUCAGGUUCUUGGGCUGCUUCAAAUAAUGCUGAGAGCAAGAAAAAGAUGAACAGGUACAGACUGAUAGCAGUAAAUGGUUUGUGACUCUCAUUUGGUUCCUGCAGAAAAUGGCCUUCAGUUUUACAGACCCAGAAAAGAAUAGCCAUUUGGUGUAGUUUGGUGUCCUGGAAUUUCAUAUACAAAGUACAUCUGUGUGGAGUCAUGUCAGGUGUAGAAACAAGUCUGUAGGAUCUUGUAUUAAUCAAGAGCCCUAGUUGCUGCAGUUUGUUUCUAGGCUGCAGUCACAUUUUAAGGGUUAAUGUAGUUCCAGUCUAAAAUAUUGAGGUGAUAAAAGUAUUCUUAAGGGUAUAUGUUUCCUCCUGUUCUAUAUGCUUAUCUAAGUAUACUUAUGAUAUUAUUUCUAAUGGAGUUACUGUAACCCCUACUUUGCAUGUAGUCUAGUUUCAGAUGAUUUUGAAAGACAGUAAUAUCCCAAAUGUUGUCCAGGGUGAAGCUCGUUCCCAAUUUUAGUGGAAUUGGACAUAUGAUGUGGUUAUACAUAUCCUGUGUGGACUGUUUCCAUAUUGACCCAGGUGGCAUCAGUGCCUCAGAUGUUGAUACAUGUCCAUUUGAUUGCUUUAAUUUGCGUAACAGUUGCUUGCUAGUUGUACAACCAAAUGUCAUAAAAAAGAGCUGAGGCAAACUCUUUAAUGCCUCAGAUAGACUAAUCCAAUGCUGCCUUCCUUC